UCUUUGUCAUAUAAACGAUAUUGAUUUAAACUGUUCCAUUUGAAAGGAACCUCACUUCGCUGUCUUUUUAUUUCAGUAUUGUCAGAACUGCUAAGCAAAACGUAAAUUUAUUUCAAUGUCGUGGUUCGCGGAUCUCGCUGGCAAGGCGGAACAUCUUCUCAAUAACUUAGACGAACAAACCGGCGUGGUUCUGCGUAACCAUAGUGUGACUAAAUCACAAAAAAAGGAUCGCAACGAAUACGCUUCUCGUCCAGAUCGACCGUGGAAUCAAUCGACGAGAAAGCAGCCAAUAGCUCGUUCGCCUAAGAAGUUGUCGGUAGAUGUGAGAGCUAGCUAUGUACCAACGAAGAAUUUAUCUCCAACAUUUCCACCGAAUUCACAAAGUCACACAAACUCAAGAUGCUUUACUAGAAAUGGCUCACCGCCACAGACAAGAAAAACGCAAUUUAAUCUCCACAAUUGUCCUAGAACAUUGGUGGGCGAUGUGAAGGACGGAGACAGUUAUAGAGAGAAUUAUGGGUAUAAACCUUCAAAGAGACGAUUUAGUCUGCCAAAUGACCUUGAUGCUGUCACCACCGAAGACUCAUUCUCAAUUAAAUUGGAAAAUUUAGAAGUAGAAAAUGCCAUGCUUAAGAAUGAACUCAAUGUAACCAACAGGGAAUUAGGAGAAUUACUGGAAAGGCUCCGGAAAACAGAGGAUGGUGAGAAUGUAGUUAGCAGUAGUGAAGAGCUUUUAAAAACCAAUACGAAAUUAGAAUCAUGUGAAGUUACAAUCCAUAAAACUAAUGUGGACAAAGAGACCCUCAGCGCACAUAUUGAAAAUUUGAAAAUACAGAUUAAUAAUCUCACAAAUGUCGAAAUCGCUAAAUACAAGGAUCUCAAACGAGAACUUGAGAUGGAGGUGACUAAAUUGAAAGAACGAAACGUGGAUCUAGAAGAAUUAGCUAGGCUUCUUAAUGAGAAAUCAAAGGAAAAAGAAUCUUGUUACACAAAACUUGAGAACGACUUGCGACACGCACAUUCCGCAAUAAACGUGUUGCAAAGCGAUUUGCUGAAAUCCAAUGAUGAAUGUAAACGGUUAGAGAAGGAAUGGGAAGGGUACAAGCACAGAGUGAAAAGCAUGCUGGCGGCGAAGGAUAAGGAGAUUAAGUCUAUGAAACACGGUAUACAGUUCAACGAAGAUACCAAGGUUUUGAUGGAUAAAAUUGAAAGUGUUAAUCAAGAGCGAGAUGUAUUAUCAGAAGCGGUAGCGCGAGUCCGCGGCGAGUACCAAGACUUGAAGCAGUACGUGGAAAACCUGGAGUCAAGGCACAAUAACGCGGAACGAGUGGUGGUGGCUUUACGUGAUGCCCUUAAGGAUGAAAGAUCGGCGCGCACCAGGGUUGAAGCACAAUGCAACGGGUUAGCUAAGGAAUUAAAAUGCUUGCAAAUCGAGUCAGGUCAAACGAUCGCCAGUCUUCGCAGUGCGCUGCGCGAGAAGGACAAUGAGCUAAGGCAGAUACGUGACAGCUCGUCUACGAGCAAGUCAAACUCGAUCAACUUGAUGGUGUCGGGCGCGCUUAACGUCGCUGACUACGACUGCGGCCAGGACGUCUCUAGCGACGUCAGCAACGACGCUACCUGCAUGCAUGACAGCGAACACAAUGAAAAGAUCUAUUACUUGUCCCAGAAACUAGUUCAGAGGCAAAGCAAGAUAGAUUCGCUGCUGGCUGAAAACAAUUGCGUGAAGAUACAGUUGAAGCAGCUACAGUCGAAAUGCAAGAAAGAAGAAGACGCUUUGCGAACACAGCACAGUGUAGUGCAGUUACAAGACCACCAUGGUCAUCGGUCACGCUCAACCGCUGCAGUAGACCCCACUUGGGUGAAGCUAAGCAAGAGGAUGGGGGUCAUCAUGCGUCGGUUUCCUUUAUUGAGAGUCUUCUUCAUUGCAUAUUUGGUGAGCCUGCAUUUUUUAGUACUCACGGUACUUCUGUCUACUACGCCCGAUGUCAAUAAGCCACAUACUUACUAUAAGAGUAAGACCUACCCUUUAGGGGGUGCUAUUAACUAAUGUCUAAGUUUAUUCCUCUUUUUAAGGCAAAGGUAGACGGACACUGUAACGACAUCACAAUACGAAGGUACGUCGUAUUAGUGCCCCAUAAUAUGACGUAGGCUCAGAGGACGGUAUUUUUCGACGCGGAUAUAUAAAAUCCCGUUCUAAUCGCGUUCCAUUUGUAUACUUGAAGGAAUUAUGCACGCGAGCCCUGCUCACGUUAUGCAGAACGUUUAUCACUACGCAUAACUUUUCCCAUUACGUCGUGACUGGUAAAAAUCAGCAGCAGUGCUAUCCGUAUUUUUUUCUUGUAUUGGUAAAUAACAAUUUAUUUACGACUUGAAAUUGAAAAUUCGAGAACCCUUGUCUACUAGCUCACGAAGUUAUGGCGUCUCAUGAUAUUGAUAUAAUAAAUCUGUAUUAUGUAUUACUCUGCACUAUAUAAAUAAAGAAAACAAUAACUGAAUGUGUCUUAAACAAGUGUUUUUUACUAGUUUUUUUUUCAUCUUUCGGAAAACGAAAGAAACUCCUCUCUUUAUCCCGUUUAGAUGACGAUAAACAGGUCUACAUAGCACAGUUCACAACUAUUGUAAAUAGUAACAUGAAAUGAUGUUAUAUUAAAGUACCAGUUUCAUAAUGAAUAAAUGAAAACUAUAUUCAAAUAUCACAGUCGUCUUAGCGCGAAAACGGCUCGCCGACAGCCUUAUUGCCGAUUAGUCAAUGUGCGGGGUGUGGUGCGGUAUCUAAAGAUAGGGAGGGGCGGAGAGUGUCCGUUCUAGUUACUUUUUUGUUCUCUGGUAUUACUAAAGCAGUGCAACGAUAGUAAUAAGGUGGAACAAGACUCACUAUUCACUAUUCAGCGUAACGUGAAUCGGUGUAACGAGAAUAUUAUAUGGCUUUAAUAGCACCAAAGUGAACGUCACUUACAUGGCGUAUAAGUCUAACUAAAAACUUCCGACUAUAUUUGAGCUGGUUAUUGUAUUGGUAUAUAAUAUUAUCUUCCGCGCGAAUUAUGCCUCUUACUGAUGCCGUAUUUUAAUUGUUUUCGUAACGUUCGUAUUAACGUACGAUCUUACGCAGCUUUAUAAAGCAUGUGUAAAUGGUUAUUCUUCUCUAGUCGGUUACUUUUUCAUGUAUCGGCUCAUUUAUAAAAUACUAACAACCUUGCGUUGCUAUAUUACUAACAUCAUAACAACAACUUUUGCAUGACUUACUUUCUCAAACUCGUAUCUUAUAAACUGUGAUUAUCCAGGAGAUGGCAAAUCUUUUUAUUUACUUUAAAUUUCUUAUCAAGGGUGUUAAUUUGGAUGCAUUACUUUUAGAAUAGGUAAAAGCCAGUGUGUGAAUAUGAAGGAAAUUUGAUGUGAAAUCAGCCUGCAAAAU